AUGAAACGAGUCGAGACUCCAGUCGAGGGCCUCCCUCCCAUCAAGCGGCACAUCGCGACACACGACUCCGAUGGUAAGUCCGUGUACGUGGCGUCGGCGCCCGCAGCGCAAUACAUCAAGGUCCCCGGCACCGGCGGUGCAGCGAGGCUAUGGUCCGUAGACUCAGUGCCCGCGAAGCUCGAAGGCGACGCAGACAUGAAAGCAUAUCUGGCCGACAAAGGUCCGACGAGCUGGGCGAGCUCUGGCAUCGUGAUCCCCAACGGUGCGAACUUGCUGGUCAUGGACCUGGAACCUGGCGGCACGAGCCCCAUGCACAGGACCGUGUCGAUUGACUUCUCAAUCUGCGUUCAUGGCGAGAUCCUCCAUGAGUUGGAUGGCGGUGAGACGGUUUUGUUGAAGCCUGGUGACCAUAUUGUUCAGCGAGGGACAAACCACAAGUGGCGGAAUGCGUCGAGCACGAACCCAGCUCGCUUCAUUGCUGUAACCUUAGCCUGCGAGCCCUUUGACAUUGCAGGGAAGCUAUUGAAGCAGGAGUUCAGUGCUGAAGGACCACCGGCCGAGAGACGAAAGGGGAAGUUGUGA